ACCCAAUCUUUAUUUAUUCCUUAAUCCCUUCUUUCCUGUAAUCUCCGGACGAAUAAAGAAUCAAUGGAUCAUUACCAAAAAAACAAAGAAUCAAUGGAUCUCGCUUCUGGUUCGAGGACUCGGAGAAACUCAUCAAAGGCUGCAACUUCUCCUGAAGUAAUUGAUGUGGAAGAAUACGAAAUCCGCAAUGGUGGUUUUCUUAAAAAUAACAACAAUAAUGUCUUCGAUAAGAAGAACAAAGGAAAGGCUAUAAAAGAAGAAGAUGUCUCCUUUUAUGAUCAUUUUUACUCAUUUAGUCAUCUAGCUAAUGAAGUUGUGCCGAUGGAGCUUGAAGACUACGCAAUGUUUCAAGCCAUUCUAAAUUCUCAGGAUAUUCCAACUGAUGUAGAAGUGGUGAUGAUGCCUAGUGGAGCACAGAUGACUCCUGAUUUAGUGAUGGUUCCAUCUCCUCCUCCUUUGAGACCCUCUAAAUUUGAUGCUUCUGCUAGCUCUUCUCGCCCUCUAGUGGCGGUGCCUGAGGUUAUUUCUUCACCUCAGAUUAAGUUUCUGCGGGAUUUUAAAAGAUUCGACACUGUUGAUGAUUUCUCGGAUCAUCUAUAUGCUUCCUAUGCUUCAAACCAGCAUACAAAGGGUUGGUCGAAAAAGAUUCAAUCAGAAUGGAAGAUUCUUGAGAAUGAUUUGCCAGAAACUAUAUUUGUCCGAGCCUGUGAAUCAAGAAUGAACCUAUUAAGAGCUGUAAUUAUUGGACCCGAGGGAACUCCUUACCAUGACGGUCUUUUCUUUUUCGAUAUUCAGUUCUCAAAUUCCUAUCCUUCAGUGCCACCAAAAGUUCAAUACCAUUCCGGUGGGCAUCGAAUCAACCCGAAUCUGUACUGUAAUGGUUACGUAUGCUUGAGUCUUCUCGGUACCUGGGCUGGUACCGCGAGGGAGAGUUGGAUCCCAACAGAGUCGACAAUCUUACAGCUUCUUGUCUCAAUCCAAGCACUCAUCUUGAAUCAAAAACCAUACUUUAAUGAACCUGGCUUUGCACCGACCAUGGGGACUCAAUCAGGCGAGGCUCGUUCGGAAACUUACAGUGAGGAAGUAUUCAUACUGUCGUUAAAGACGAUGGUUAACAGUAUGAGAAAACCACCCAAGCAUUUUGAAGAGUUUGUUCGUAGUCAUUACUUCGUGCGGGCUCACGACAUUGUGAAGGCGUGUAAUGCUUAUAAAGAUGGAGCACCUGUUGGAUGGAUGGGUAAAGAAACUAGCAAGAGCGGCUCCAAGAAGUUUAGAGUCGAUUUAGGAUGUUAUAUGAAGACAGUGGUGGAUGAAUUCGUUAAAUUAGGAGUCAAGGAGCUUUAAGAAACCAUUGGCUAAGAGAAAUGUUAACACAGAGAGUGCAAAGAGUAAGAGAACCAAUUCAUCAAGCUGAGCCAAAUCCACCAUUCUUUCAUGUUUUUAGUCAUCUCGAAUUAAGA